UCGAAAUAAAAGUCAAGGGCAAUAACUCAGUCUUUUCUUAUGCAAGCACAGAACAACAUUUCGUAUUGAAAUUUGAAGUAUAAAUAAUGUGUGCUGUCAUUUAAGAUCAGAUUAGAAUGUAUGUAUAUGAAUCUUUCAGAGUAAAUUAUAGUUUGUAAGUAUUUAUAAAGCAUGGAAAAGAUAUGUACAUAUUGUGUUCAAAGAUGUCUACAAAAGUUUCAUCCAACGUCAAAAGUAAGACAGAUCAGGCUUCAUAUAAAAUCUUAUUCCUCCAAUAGUACAGAUCUUAAUAAAAAAGGAUCAAUGAGAGCUUGGCAGAUCCACCAAUAUGGAGGAAAUGAAGAAUUGACACUAUCAGAUUCUGUGACAAUUCCUAAAAUAAAAGAUCCAAAAGGAAUUCUCAUAAAUGUUCAUGCUGCUAGUAUAAAUCCAAUUGAUUGUCGCAUGAGAGCUGGAUAUGGAAGCACAGCUAUGAAUGGAAUAAGACAAAAGACAAUAUUCCCAAGAAACGGAGGAGAAUUCCCACUGAUUUUAGGGAGAGAUUUUUCUGGGGAAGUUGUAGAAACAGGAAGAGAUGUAAGGAAGUUUCAACGUGGAGAUGAGGUAUGGGGUACAGUUUUUGCCUCCAAACAAGGAUGUCUGGCAGAUUAUACGAUAGCUCAGGAACAUGAGAUAUCAUUGAAGCCCUCCAUGAUAACACACACAUCAGCCAGUUCUAUACCAUAUGUUGCCUGUACAGUUAAUGCAGCUUUAAAAGAAUUUGGAGGAUUGAGUGAAAAUAGUGUAAAAGAUAAAAGAGUUUUAAUUUAUGGUGGUUCUGGAGGAAUAGGAACAUUUGCUAUACAGCUGAUGAAGGCUUUUGGAGCCGAAGUAGCUACAAUAUGCAGUACAGAUGCAAUAGAGCUAGUAACCUCCCUUGGUGCUGAUAUUGUCAUUGACUACACAAAACAAGAUGUCAGACAAGAAUUAGCCAAUAUAGAAAAAUUUGACAUAAUAUUGGAUAGUUUUGGGAAAGAGAAAACAGGAUAUUCGAUGGAAUUCUUGAAAUCAUCCAAAUGUAAUGAAUCCAAAUAUAUAACAUUGAAACAUCCGUUUUUACAGAACAUUGAUGACUAUGGUAUACCUGUAGGACUAUUGAGAUCACUGUCAGACGCUGCUAUUGACAUUUCUUUGGGUUUAAGAAAAGGAAUUAGUCACAGAUGGGCAGUCUAUUUACCCACAGGGAAAGCUUUAGAAAGAUUUGCUAAACUAGUAGACGAUGACCAGAUAAUUCCGGUGAUAGACAAAGUUUUUCGGUUUGAAGAUGUUCCAGCGGCAUUUGAAAAAGUUGAACAAGGUCAUGCUAGAGGUAAAACUGUGAUACAAAUGGUCAAAGAGAAGUGACAGGAAAAGCCAUAAAUCAGGAUCAGCAUCUUAUCAAAAGAGGAUAGUGAAUUUCAGAACAUUGAUAUGAAUCACAAUGGGACAUUUUGUUUAAAGAACAAAAUUAGAGAGAGAAGAGAACCAUAAAUCUAAAGUAUAUAUUUAUUGUGUCAAACACAAAUUUAAUGCAAAUGCUUCUUUUAGUGAGACUCAUCACUAAUAUUAAGUGCUAAAAUUGAUUAAUAUUUAAAAUGAAAAUUUGUUGAGAAAAUCAAAAAUGGGAGUUUUUACAAAAUUUCAUCCUGUUAAUUUUUCAAAGGUCUCCAUGAUUUAUGUUAUGACGACUAAAGUCAGUUAGAGUUAUCUCUCUUUAUCUGUAAUUGAUAUGCCUAUACACAUACACAUGUAGUUUGAAUGAACAUACCUGCUAAUUUUAAAUUUCCCAAUUUGAUAAAAAAUUACGCAUAUAUUUCCCAAUAAAAAAGGGUAGAGGUAGUUUUUAAAAAUGCCAACAAUAUCACUACCUGCCAACUUUUCAAAAUGCCUAUGGGGGUUUUGCGUGCAAGAUGGCUGUCAUAAUCAUAAAGACAUUCAAGGGGCCUUGAAAUACAUUGUAAUGUUGUUUUUGUGGCUUCUUCAUACUUGUACAAGCAUACAGUAAUUGUAAAACUAAUUGUUUUGUUUAAAAUUGUGGACAAAUUUGCUCUUUCAAAAUUUCAAUUUGGGAGCCUCCAUGGGGUAAAUCCCCCUCAAAUAGUGACAGUUGGCAGGUAUGAAUUAUGAACUAUAUCACAUAGGAGUAGUAAUAAAAUAUGGCUUUUUAAAAUAUUUUAGGGUCAUGUCUUUUGUAAUUAACUUCUGUGUCAUUUACUCUGGUGGUACUUAACUUUUAGUCCCGGUCUCCUAUUAGGUCACAUGACAGGAAUGAUACAUAAGGUUGUUUGUUAAAACUUUUUUAGAUAUUGAAAAUAAGCUUAAAGCUGAGGCCUCGAAAAAAUUAUUUGAGCCGGAAACUCAAAGAUGAGGUCUCCAAAAAAAUAUUUGAGCCGGAAAGACAUUUUUUAAGAUCAAGUUUAUAUUUUUUUUUUUGCUCACAUCUUAUUAAGUCCUUUUAAUCUGUGAUGGAUAAUUGCCUCAUUGGCAUUGUUUAUACAACAUGCUUUGUAUGUGCAAAUUAAGUUGCUCAUUGCAACUUCUGUGAUGAAAGCUGACCAAAUUAUACUUUAUGAUUUCAGUGCUCCUAAAAUAAGUUAUUUAGUAUCAUAAUUGUUUGUCACAGAAAUGCCUGGUGUGGUGAAGAACUUAUACAGUAUACUUGAUUUAUGUAAAGAUCUUUGAGAAAAUAUAAAUUAUGUCAUACUACUUGGUGAUAAGUAUUUACAGAAGUUCGUUCAUUGAUUUUUUUUAGUAUCAUUGCUAUAGCAGUAUUCACUAGGGUCAUUUGGUAAACCCGAUUUUUUUUCUGAAUAUUUAAAAGAAGCCAUUGAUUUCUAACUUUUUACAAGAAGCCUUUUGAUUAGCCAGAUUUCUUACUUUUUACAAGAAGCCAUUUGAUUUGCCUGAUUUCUAAGUAUUUGCAAGAGGCCAUUUGGUUACACAUAUUUGUUGUGCUAUCACCUCAAUAUAAAUGUGAUUUAGUAUUUAUGUUUAUAUUAUGAAUGUUAAUUAUAAAUACAAUAAGUUUUGUAUCUUUCG